CUAGUUUACCAUCGUCAUACCUACACUAUCCAAUCUGCUGUGGCCGUUGCUAGACACCGCCAAGAUCAGAUUGAGAGACGCACCAGUACAGCGGGCUAGCGAGAGAUUGCAUUGAAAAGGCUAACGCAAAUUGCUAACUUGUAAGCCGAACCGGGGUUUUGUCUGAAAAGAGAGAGGAAGAUUUUCCUUUUAGACUGAAGCUUUACUUCCCCGGUCCUUUUGGAUCAUGGCUAAAGAUGCUGGUCUGAUUGAAACAAACGGAGAGUUGAAGGUUUUUAUCGAUCAGAAUCUGAGCCCAAGUAAAGUCCUGUCUCUGGUUACUGUUCAGCCCACGGCUCUUCCAGUGGCCAAACAGCUAUUGCCCAAAACCCUAGGGCCCUCCAACGUCAAUAUCGCUCCACACAUGCAACACAUGCCUCACAUGGUGAUUGGAACACCCCAAAGACCUACCGUUUCCAAUACCAUACUGGUCAACAGCCCACACACGCCCAGCUCCCAGUUCCUCACACAGAGCCAACAGCCUGACGCCUCACCAUGGUCCUCAGGAAAACGUGGAAAGAAAGGUGAGAAAAACGGGAAGGGGUUGAGGCAUUUCUCCAUGAAGGUGUGUGAGAAGGUACAGAAGAAGGGCGUUACCACCUACAAUGAGGUGGCCGAUGAGCUGGUGGCAGAGUUCAGCUCCGCAGACAACCACAUGUCGCCUAAUGACUCGCAUGUGUAUGACCAGAAGAACAUCAGGCGUCGCGUAUAUGAUGCUCUUAAUGUGCUCAUGGCCAUGAACAUCAUCUCCAAGGAGAAGAAGGAGAUCAAAUGGAUCGGCCUGCCUACCAACUCCGCCCAGGAGUGCCAAAACCUAGAGGUGGAGAGACAAAGGCGGCUGGAGAGAAUCAAGCAGAAACAGUCACAGCUACAAGAACUCAUAUUGCAGCAAAUCGCCUUCAAAAACCUGGUUCAGCGGAACAGGCAGUCAGAGCAGCAGACGAACAGACCCCCUCCUCCCAACUCCGUCAUCCACCUGCCCUUCAUUAUUGUCAACACCAGCAAGAAGACAGUCAUCGACUGUAGCAUCUCCAAUGACAAGUUCGAGUACCUUUUCAACUUUGACAGCAUGUUUGAGAUCCAUGACGACAUUGAGGUGCUGAAACGUAUGGGCAUGGCCUGUGGUUUGGAGGUGGGCAAGUGCUCUCCAGAAGACCUGAAGAUCGCCCGUAGUCUGGUGCCAAAGGCCCUGGAGCCUUAUGUCACAGAGAUGGCGAAAGGUCCAAUCAGUAAUGUCUACAUUACCGGGGGAUCUUCCUCAAACGGAGCACGGUAUCCUGUGGGCAGUGACGGCGGCGCGGAUGGCACCAUGGCCUCCAGCUCUAACGACUCGCACUACAGCGGGUCUCGUGUGGAAACUCCAGUGUCUUACAUGGGCGACGAUGACGAGGAGGACGACUACGAUGAGAACGACGACGAAGACUAGCCUGGCUCUCCGUGUCCGCCGCCUCUCCAACAAGCACAGUCUUUCUAACCACGUCACCAUGGGAUUCAAGCCCACUAUUUUGUGUGUGUGUGUGUGUGUGUGUGUGUGUGUGUGUGUGUGUGUGUGUGUGUGUGUGUGUGUGUGUGUGUGUGUGUGUGUGUGUGUGUGUGUGUGUGUGUGUGUGUGUGUGUGUGUGUGUGUGUGUGUGUGUGUGUGUGUGUGUGUCCGUGUCCAUCCGCCUUCUCUUUUUCCCUGUUCCUGUAUUCGCUCGGCCUGGCUUUCUCAGGGGUGUAGAACAAACAGGAGGUGAACACUGGGGGCGUCGUUCCCUCUGUGUGUGUAUGUGGCUGCUGAAUCACACGGGCACCUGCAGCAUAGCUCUGGGGGCACUCUCGUGCAUGGCAGCAGCACUGUGCAGAAGCCUUUUAGUUAUUUCCUUGUAUGUCUAAUCAACUACUCAAUAAGCCAUCCCAGUUCAAAAAUAAAGACAAGCAAAAAGCCCCCCCCACCCCCAACUUCCUUCUUCAAACCUACUGCUGUUGGAGAAUGUAUAGUGUACCGUGUGAAAUAGUUAUCUUGUUAUGUUGUGAUCGCAUUUUGGCAGACGUUAGGGGCAGGGUGAUUCAGUGUUCCACGAUGGCUGCCAAAGUGUCGGUGUAGACCUGCCGUGUCAGCACAACUCCGUGGAUCCAGCCUCAAUUGUUGCCAUGGUGUCCUACGAUAGGACCCCAAUCCAUUGCCCGUGUUGAAUACUUUCAGUUUCGAUUUUGUUUAGUGUUUUUUUUUUUCUUUUUGGACGAAUUAUCUCCAGCAGUUUCUUCACCCCGAACCCCACUGUGGUGGGCUGACUUCCCUCUGUUCUGUAGGCAGCUGCUUUCAUGAGUUUAUUUUUUUCAGUUUGUUGCUUGUUUACUUUUGUAUACUGGAGAUGAUGAGUUCUCUUCACCGCCCCGUCACACCUUGUUAGUGUUUACAUACAAACGACACCAGCAAGGUACCGACCUCCGAAACCCAGGCUCCCUAUAGGACGAUAAGCUUUGUUUGUUAUUACGUAAAUGGACCCUAUGAUGAUUGUAGCUUAUAGUAUCCUCUAGAGGCCAGUGGUCAAAGGUAGACCUGGAAACUACCGAUGUAUGGAAUAUGUGGAUGUGACGGCUUUAUGUACUCUCCUAAAAGAUCUCAUUUUUAAAGCUGAGCAACACAUGUACGGACUCUUCCAAAUACCUUUUUCUGUAAUCUAAUAUAAGUUUGAAAUUAAAUAUAGAUUGUUUUAAUAA